GUGAUUUAAAUACUUAAACCAUAACGGCAUUCCAAUUCGAAAAACAAUAUAAAAUGCUGAGCAAUAAAUCCAUCUUAUACAUCACACUCUGCUGCACGCUCUGCACUUUGAGCCAUGCAUAUCCUUUACUGGAGCUGGAUCAGCAGUUCGACAAUGAUGCAGCAAUCCACUUAGAAGACGAACACAGUUGGGUGGCGGGAGACCCUGCUUUGCUGCUGGCACGCCAUGCACGUUCACCAUCCUCGUCUGAGGAAUCAUCACAAGAAAAUAAAAGAGGACGAAUUGAGCUGAAAUACGAAGACACGCCAGAGCGAGGACGUGAAGCAAGUUUCAAGUACAACCAUCAUUUGAUGAAAAGCGAUGACGAUAGUUAUAGUAUUGAUGCUUAUGCACAGGGCAGGCGUAAUUACGAUUGGAAUCAAAAUGAUUUCCAAGGCGGUCUGGAGGGGCAUUGGUAUUUUAAAGGAUGAAAGAUUAAACCUUG